AGAGGGGUGGUGCGGGAGGGAUGUGCCCGCUUAACCGGGAGGCUUUGCAACCUUCAGAGCACCUGGAGCAAUUUCGGUGCGGGGCAGAGUACAGCGUUAGCUCCUUAGAAACCCAGAAAGGUUGCUGCCGUGUAUGUGUGAGGAGGUUUAAUCAGGCGGCUCAAGCUGCAGCAAGCAUUUAGGAGGACCAAGGUAGUGGUGGCAGAGAGCAAAGACCCAUCUGUUGUUUCACUAUUUAUUAAUUCCUCCGCCGCUCCCCCCCCCCCCUUUUAAAUCCAGGGACCAUUCACGCCUCUUGCAAAUGAGACUUGGGAGAUGCUGAGAGAACAGCGUGUUGCAUGGCGCGUAUGUGUAUGCAUUCAUGCGCGGGGGUAGGAUACCCAGUUCUCAGCAUUUGCCUGUGAUCAGAAGAAAACAGGAUGUGCCCGUAGCUGGAGGAGUGACAAUGCUAGCCGAGUGGGGCUCACCUGCUGGUGAUCUUUGCAGAGGCAUUUGAGGAUUAUUCAGCUCCAGAACGUCUGUGCAAGGAAUGCUAUCUUCUCUGUGGCUGAAAAUAGGAGGAGGUGCCUACCCCUAUCCGCCUUGAUUAUUACCACCAAAAGGACCGAUUUGCCUCCACCGUAGGAAGAGGAGAUUGCUACCACGGACAAGGUUAUGAGGAUUAUGAUCACGUGUGCAGCUCUGCAUAACUGUCCACUUGGAGACGAUGGUGAUUCCUUAGAGAAUACAUGCAAACUCCUGGUUAACCAUCAACGUUCUGCUCCUUUCAUCCAAAAGAUUUGAUAACUGCUUUUUAUCAGCUCUCCAUUUUUUGCUCCAUCAUGUUGUCUCUACCAGCUUAAACCAUUUCCUAAAAUGGUCCUUUUGCUGUUCCUUGCAAUCCUGUUAUUGAAGGAAGAUGUCACUGGGAACUUCAGGCUUCUGGUUUCUGCACAGUCCAAUGAAAGAAGGGUGGUUGCACACAUGCCUGGUGAUAUUAUUAUUGGAGCCCUAUUCUCUGUCCACCAUCAACCAACUGUUGACAAGGUUCAUGAGAGGAAAUGUGGAGAGGUAAGAGAGCAAUAUGGCAUUCAGAGAGUGGAGGCAAUGCUGCAUACCCUUGACAGAAUUAAUUUGGAUCCCACACUGUUGCCAAACAUAACUCUAGGAUGUGAAAUAAGGGACUCCUGUUGGCAUUCUGCUGUGGCUCUGGAGCAGAGCAUUGAGUUUAUAAGAGACUCUCUUAUUUCCUCAGAAGAAGAGGAAGGGUUGGUGCGAUGUGUGGAUGGAUCUUCAUCAACUUUCCGCUCCAAGAAACCCAUUGUUGGUGUCAUUGGACCUGGCUCGAGCUCAGUUGCCAUCCAGGUCCAGAACUUGCUGCAGCUUUUCAAUAUACCUCAGAUAGCUUAUUCUGCCACAAGCAUGGACUUAAGCGACAAAACCUUGUUCAAGUAUUUUAUGAGAGUUGUGCCAUCUGAUGCACAGCAAGCACGGGCUAUGGUGGACAUUGUCAAGCGCUAUAACUGGACCUAUGUUUCUGCUGUGCAUACUGAAGGAAACUAUGGUGAAAGUGGAAUGGAAGCUUUCAAAGACAUGUCAGCCAAGGAAGGGAUCUGCAUUGCACACUCCUAUAAGAUCUACAGCAACGCUGGUGAACAGAGCUUUGACAAGCUGCUGCGAAAGCUACGGAGCCAUCUGCCCAAGGCGAGAGUGGUCGCCUGCUUCUGCGAAGGCAUGACUGUGAGAGGGCUGCUAAUGGCUAUGCGGCGCCUGGGACUCGCUGGAGAAUUUUUGCUGCUAGGCAGUGAUGGCUGGGCAGACCGGUACGAUGUGACAGACGGGUAUCAGCGUGAAGCUGUCGGUGGAAUAACGAUCAAGCUCCAGUCUCCUGAUGUGAAAUGGUUUGAUGAUUAUUACCUACAGCUUCGGCCAGAAACCAAUCACCGAAAUCCAUGGUUUCAGGAAUUUUGGCAGCACAGGUUCCAGUGCCGACUGGAAGGGUUUCCUCAGGAGAAUCCUAAAUACAACAAGACUUGCACGAGCCAGAUGACCCUGAGGACGCAGCACGUGCAGGACUCCAAAAUGGGCUUUGUAAUCAACGCGAUAUAUUCCAUGGCAUACGGCCUCCACAACAUGCAGAUGUCACUUUGCCCGGGCUACGUGGGCCUCUGCGACGCCAUGAAGCCCAUAGAUGGUCGCAAGCUCCUGGAAUCCCUCAUGAAGACGAAUUUUACUGGGGUCUCUGGGGAUAUGAUCUUGUUUGAUGAGAACGGAGACUCACCAGGAAGGUAUGAAAUCAUGAAUUUUAAGAAAAUGGGGAAGGACUACUUUGACUAUAUCAAUGUUGGCAGCUGGGAUAAUGGUGAGCUGAAAAUGGAUGAUGAUGAAGUAUGGUCAGAGAAAAAUAAUAUCAUCAGAUCGGUCUGCAGUGAGCCAUGUGAAAAAGGCCAGAUCAAGGUGAUCCGUAAAGGAGAAGUCAGUUGUUGUUGGACCUGCACUCCUUGUAAAGAGAAUGAAUAUGUCUCUGAUGAAUACACAUGCAAGGCCUGCCAGCUCGGCUCCUGGCCCAAUGAUGACCUCACAGGUUGUGACCUCAUCCCAGUCCAGUAUCUCAGAUGGGGUGAUCCUGAACCAAUCGCAGCAGUUGUUUUUGCAUGCCUGGGUCUGCUGGCCACCUUGUUUGUUACAGCUAUAUUCAUAAUGUACCGUGAUACUCCAGUGGUCAAGUCAUCCAGCCGAGAACUCUGCUACAUCAUUCUAGCUGGCAUCUGCUUGGGUUAUUUGUGCACUUUCUGUCUCAUCGCAAAACCUCAACAGAUUUACUGUUAUCUUCAACGAAUCGGCAUUGGUCUCUCCCCAGCUAUGAGUUACUCUGCUCUAGUAACUAAAACCAACCGCAUUGCAAGAAUCCUGGCUGGCAGCAAGAAAAAAAUUUGUACAAAGAAACCUAGAUUCAUGAGUGCCUGUGCCCAACUGGUUAUUGCAUUUAUCUUGAUAUGUAUCCAAUUAGGCAUAAUUGUUGCUCUCUUUAUAAUGGAGCCACCAGAUAUAAUGCAUGAUUACCCAAGCAUCCGAGAGGUCUACCUGAUUUGUAACACCACCAACCUAGGUGUUGUCACUCCCCUUGGAUAUAAUGGAUUAUUAAUUUUGAGUUGCACCUUUUAUGCAUUUAAGACAAGAAACGUCCCAGCUAAUUUCAAUGAAGCAAAGUAUAUUGCCUUUACGAUGUAUACCACCUGCAUCAUUUGGCUGGCUUUUGUGCCAAUAUAUUUUGGAAGCAACUACAAGAUAAUCACUAUGUGUUUCUCAGUGAGCCUGAGCGCCACGGUGGCCCUUGGCUGUAUGUUUGUGCCCAAGGUCUAUAUCAUCCUUGCUAAGCCAGAAAGGAAUGUACGGAGCGCAUUCACCACAUCGACUGUGGUCCGCAUGCACGUAGGGGAUGGAAAGUCAUCUUCGGCUGCAAGCCGUUCAAGCAGCCUGGUGAACCUGUGGAAAAGAAGGGGAUCAUCUGGUGAAACCCUUAGGUACAAAGGCAGGAGACUGGCCCAGCACAAGUCGGAAAUAGAGUGUUUCACCCCAAAAGGGAGUAUGGGGAAUGGUGGGAGAGCUACAAUGACCAGUGAAGAAUCUGUUUGCAUUCCAGAGUGUAAUCGAUCUGAGUCAAGUAGAGAUGAGAAAGAGAUCCCCGUUAAAGAGGAUGCCUUAACAGUCAAAAAGACUGGAAACUGUGUCAGUGUAAUAGUUCCACAACCAGACUGUCAGCCGCAAGACCUACUCAAACACUCUAAUGGGAAAUCAGUUUCCUGGGCCCAGAAUGAGAAGAGCAGCAGAGGAGCACACCUUUGGCAGCGGCUGUCAGUCCACAUCAACAAAAAAGAGAAUCCUAAUCAAACUGCAGUGAUCAAGCCUUUUUCUAAAAGCACAGAUAGUAGCCGACACAGUAGCAGUGCUACAUUUCCUGAGACCAGUGCCAAAACACUUUAUGACGUUUCAGAAGCAGAAGAGCAGUAUCCAGCUCAGUAUCGACCGCAGACUCCCUCACCUAUCAGCACGGUGAGUCACCGAACUGCCUCCGUUAGCCGAACAGAAGAUGAUGUCCCUACCUUUCAGACAGAGCACGCCCAGCGAAGUAGCUCCUCUCAAGGAUCUCUCAUGGAGCAGAUCAGUAGUGUGGUUACUCGCUUUACAGCCAAUAUCAGUGAACUGAACUCUAUGAUGCUUUCAACAACCACUCCAGGGACAAUGGUGGCCGCUCCUCUCUGCUCUUCAUACCUGAUUCCAAGGGAAAUCCAGCUCCCUACAACGAUGACCACGUUUGCAGAGAUCCAACCACUUCCUGCCAUUGAAGUCAAUGGCGCUUCGCAGUCGGCGAGGAAACCUUCAAGUGACAGUGUCAAAGAAGGCACUUCAGAGACCCCCACGACAAAGCAAGACCUUGAGGAGCUGGUAGCUUUAACUCCUCCUUCUCCCUUUAGAGACUCCAUCGACUCUGGAAGUGCAUCUCCCAGCUCUCCAGUUUCUGAAUCAGCUCUCUGUAUCCCGUCCUCCCCAAAGUAUGACACACUCCUCAUCAGAGAUUAUACUCAAAGUUCUUCUUCUCUGUGAAUGUAGUUCAAGACAACAUUGGAUCUCAACGACUACGAGCAAGUAGUGAGGGGACAGCCAAGCCUUCAAGAUCUCCAGUGUUUACGCAGAUAGAUGGAGAGGCAUUGGGUCAUCUUGUGAGAAAAAAAAGAGUGAGAAGUGAAAUUACUUCAUGAGGGAAAACAUCAGAAUUAUGCUGUUUUAAGAUAAAAUGACUCUUGGCAGAUUUUCGUGGCCUUAAAAAAACAUGGGCUUUUCAGAAACACUGCAUCUAUUUUUGAGGGCUUAUAAGGAGUCUGUUAAAUCAGUUAAAUACCAAGUGCUUUGCUUUAGUAUUACAAUGAACCCUGUGUACAAUGUACGGGGGGGGAAAAAUAGAUUGUAAACAACUGUACAGUGGUUUGUUUGUUUACUCUGAUUCCUUACCCAGAAGUGAACCUUGAUCUUUUAUCAAGAAUAGAAGACCAAACAUUGAAUGUACAUUUUCUAACAGACUCAACUCUGGGGACCAACCUAUCAAGCUUUCUUUCUUUUUUUUUUUUUUUUUUUCUAUGAAGAUCUCAAAAAACAGUAAUGUAUAUUCACUAACUACCAAACUUUUUGCUGAAGCAUAUUGUGUCCGUGAUACGUUAUACGUGGAGAACACUAAGCUGAGGCUUUGCAGUGAGUGACUGCAAUACGGAGGGCUUUACAAGUGACUUCUCAAACUACACAUUUGUUUAUGAAAAUUCUCUUCUAUCAGUAUCUAAUAUUCAAUUUGUUAAUAUUGGAUUCACCUUCACAGCAACAAAACCCAAGGAAGAUUUGCUGACUAUUUCACCAUGUUGCCAACUAAUAACGAAGUAGCAAAAAAUAUUUUCUGGAGUACUGUUUUGUAAUUCCCUAAUCAGGGCAAGUUAUUGAGGUGAAUAUUCUCUUUCUAGCAGCACUACCAAGCUAUAUAAUAGCUGCACUCCCUACUGAAAUUAAUACAUUUUUAUGGACGUUCUUAUGCUAACAUUGCCAGUUAAAAAACUUAUUUGGGCUCCCAUAAUCUUUGCUUGUAAGGAACAGGUAAACACUCUAAGGAUUUUCUCCUUUCUUUGGAUGAUAGAAUUCUAAGAAAGCAGUUUGGAUUAUGAUGAAUGCUAACUGUCAAUGAAAAGAUUGUCAUAAUCAUAAUUCAUACAUAGGAAAAAAAACUGUGUUAAAAUCUGCUUAGAGGUGGUUUAGCUACUCUUUAAUAAGCAACAAUUUUAACUUUGUUUCGCUGCUAUGCCUUGCAGCUAUGAACUGUGACAAAAAAAAAAAAAAAAGACUUUCAAAGCAAUACAAAGUAAAGGUUAAAACAGAGAAGACCUAAUGAAAUUUGAAACAACAGAGUCUUUCUUUGUUUCUUAGCAACUCCUAGAAGAGGCAAGGGGAUUACUGACAUUUUUUCCUAUAUAAAAAUAAUGCAGUUUAGUGCACUUCAUACCAUCAUGGCACUUUUUUAAUACAGGCAGGGAAGAGAUUUAAAGUUUGAAUAGAAGCUAAAUAAUUUUUGAUAGGUAUAGCUAUGUAGAACUCAUAAGUCAGACCCUAAAUGCACAUUGUAUUGGCUCUCCCCUUCACAACAUAGCUAUCCUCAGGUGCCAAAUUUUUGCAGGUUUGUUUUAUUUUAUUUUAUUUAAGGAUAGUAUGAAGCAGUGAGUGAUGCACUUCCAUUCAAAGUUGAGUUGAUGCAGCCUUGUACGGAAGACAGCCUUAUGCAAGGGAGCCUCGAAAUGAGGCUGCUAUGUCUCAUUUUUUUAAACCCCUACAUCUUAUUUCUUCAAAGAUUACAAAUAUCUUACAAUCAAAAAUCAUGCCCCCUUUUUCUCCUUCAUCUGCAAUCUAACAAAUAUUUAAUCAAAAAAAAAAAAGAAAACAAAAAGAUGAAAGCUUAUUCACUUACUUUAGCAAAGAGCAUUCCCUGUCUUUUUGGAAGUCAGUUUUCCCAUUAGGUUAUGUGCUGCACAUCAGUUUGCUGCUCAACAACAUUAAAAAAAAUUACGGUAGUGUUAUCCAGUAGCAGUGUAUGGACGUGUUUAUUUUGCCAGGUACAGUCGCUUACUCGCUAUGCCUAUAGGCUGAACUAGCAGGUCACAAGUCAGCUCUACUCCGGAAGGCUGUUAGAUCCAGUAAGUCAUGACCGUAAGUGCUUGUUACGUAUAUGCCAUUCCUGCCGCUUUGCAGGGCUGGUUAGCACAGACUCGGAUCUGUGCAGCAUCAUGACUUCCAGAGUGGAGCUUGUUUUUGCCCUCCUGGUUCACGGCACUAGGAUGUCUCAUCAUUCGUUAGCUGCCCGUGUCAUUAGGAGAAAGCAUCUUCUUUCACAGGUUACAACCCACUUUUUAGGAUUGGUCAUGUCCAAUCAGUAUAUGGUACAAAUAUUCUCAUUUAGAGAGUCUUGACCACUUGAAGAUUGUUCAUGGAAGAUUUAUAUGACAACAUUUCCCAUCAGUGUAAUAUUAUUUUUAUUUUUAUAGAGUGUGAGUAGAUAAGCAGUGUGCAUUUUAAAGAUACUCUAUUACUGUCAGCUCUCUUAUACUUUAAGUUAUUGACCAAUAUCACUAUUAGAUCCUUCUCUACCCCAAACUUUCCCUAGCCAUCUAGGUCCCCAUUUCUGUAAUCAUUCCUUAUGUUGGUAGAUGCUUAAACAAGUAUUUCUGCUAAGAUCGUGGGCUUCACUGCACUAAGAAAUAAUCAACAGUGGAAAUAAGGAUUGUGCAGAUAGACUUAUAAAUCUUGUGUUGAAAAUAAAAUGAACAAAAAGGCACAUGAGAUAGAAACUAUCAAAUCAUGACUCUGUAUUAAAAUAUCCUUGCUGCUCCUAAAUUGCAGUUCUACAUAAUCUUGGCUAUUGCUCAGAGUUUCUUGACAAUUUUUGUGUAUGUUGCCAAGAUCAUAUAUUUAUGCAUGCUUACAUGUGCAUAAACACACACACACACACAAAAGCCUCAGUGUGACAGUUGAAUACAUGUUUUAAGAGACUAAAACUCUAAUGUUACACUACCCAGACUUUAAACACUUCUUGCAUAUUUUCAGCUGGGGAAGAGUCACAUAUCUUUUGUACAUCCAUCAGCCAGUACAAAAGUUUUAAUUACGCAAGUAACAGAGGACUGGCCGCACUAAGAUGGUACUUCUCUUCUCCAGUUGAGCAAUUGUCAGUCAGCCUUUGAUAAAAGAUAGGUCAGCCUUAGCAGUAUGUAAGCAGGGCAGAAUAUAUGGUAACUGUACAGGUUGAUACAUGCUGAUAUUACCUUGCAAGAUGUACUUGGAUUAUAUCAGAGGGAGGAAAGAUUUAGGGGGAAAGAUAACAAUUGUGUAAUGAAUGUGGCAGUAACUCAGAGGACUUAGAGUGAGUGCAGCGGGAGAUCUGCAGGACUGGAAAGUCCUCUGUAAGAAACCAGUGGGUUUGAUACAGGAAAGAAGAAAAUUACGAGUGGAAAACAUUAUAACUUCAUUAUGCUGCUUGUAUGCUAGCGCUAAUCUCCUUUUUAGAACAUUAAGAUAGAAAGCUAGAAUUUUUCAGUUGUAAAGGUAAAGGUUACUAUCAGGAAUACUUUCCACUCUAACUAAAGAAUGUGAAAGUACCAAAUGAAUGACUUGAAAUUGCCUUCCAGUUUAGUGCUGCUGCCAGAAAGGGAAUUAAAGGAGUUGAAACUGUUGUCAUUCUUGAUCAUAGGGACCUCAGAAAAAUCAUUUGUCUCUUGCGCUUGAGGCCAACCCCUGAAGAAUGAAGGUAUAAACAUCUCUGGAAGCUGUACUUUUAAAAUAAAGUGAACCAACCAUUCUAGCAGGCCAGUUGUGGAGAAGUGUUAGCAAUACUGAAGAACUGUAAUUUUUAAUUGGCUCUGCAGAAUAAAUGCAUGACUUACUUUGGAGAUGUGCUUCCUCAUACUUCUAUCUCAAUAUUUGGUGCCUACACUUAUACAGAUACCGUAGACCAGAGAUUCUUAGAUCAUGGUCCACAAAGCACUUGCUGAUGUUUCAUGGAAGCUUGGCUGAUCACAAGGUGCUGGUUUUUCCUGUUGAUUUCCAGCUACAAAACUGAAUUAAAAAUUAAAUGCUAAUUACAAGUUAACUGCUAAAAGUUCUAAAAGCAAAAGAAAAAAAAAGCUUGCUUGGAUGUGUAUUCAGCUGCUGUGUUUACAAAAGGACAACUCUUUGAUCAAAGUUGGGAGAAGAAGAAGUCCUAAAAGAGUAAAUGGGAAGAUCAGUCCAUGAUUCAGAUUGGAUGAUAGUGGAGUUCAUCUGGGGAUGUUUCCUUUAGAGAGAGACCAAGACUAAACUGAAAGAGUUCAUAGCUGCAGGUGUAAAAUCUGUAGAGGAAAGGGGGCAACUUUGGUGUUCUGCUUAAUAGAUCAAUUAUUAGGGGAGAAGAGAAAAAGAAGAUAGGGACAGAGACUAUAUUGGAAAUACCAGAUCUUAAGCAGAGCACUAUGCUCAGGAUUAGUAACAUGGCCAUAACUUUUUCUUCUAUUAGAGACCCAUACCAGGGCUGACCCAAAAAAGGACUUUAGUGCAUAAAGUUAGGACUUCAGCAGAAUUUAAUGUGUACAUUCAAAACUCAAUUAUAAACCCCCCCACCCAGCUGCCACCUCACUUAAACAUCUAACAUUGCGUCUUUGCAUAUGCUCAGAACGGCCCUGACCUUGAUACAUCUAAAGAUCUUUGCAUCUAGCUUGUGCUAAAACCCAUCAGAGAUCAGAAAAUAGAGAUUCCUGGGUUUAAAUCCCUAUAGAUCCCAUGAAUGAAUCCAUGGAGCAUACAGAACAUAGGCUGAUAGAGUCAUGUUCCCUACAAAAUGGAGAAUAAAUCUUCCUUUGUUUUAAGACUGUGAUUCUAGUUAUGCUGCUACAGGUUUAGAAUACACAUACAGAAAGAGAGAGGUCUAAAUUCAAACCCUGCCAUUGCCAGAGGUGGUGGAAAUCUUUCUCCUGGCAAGAAAGUUCUCUAAUGACUAUAUGUUGACUCACCCUCUGUUCAUCUCACUAAGGUAACUUCACAAUAUAGAAAAGUGGUCAAGAGUCUGAGAUAAAAAGAGGAAGAUUACUCAGCACUUUGGGUAUAGUAAGGUACACUGUAUGAACAUUUAAUAUAAAAUACUUAAAAAAUUCUUGGGAGCAGGGACCAGAUGAGCAUUUUAUCUCCAAAGAAGUGGAGUUACCAUUUUUGCUGUGCUUUGCAUUGGCUCAAUAAAAUUUAAAUACGUUCCUGAAAAGUGCUUUAGUAACAGGAAGGGAGGAUGUGCCCUUCUUACCUCUGUGUCCAUAAUCACCUUGUCUUCCACCUGUAGUUCUGACCAUUCUCUGGGAAAGGAGAGCCUGAGUCUUCUUGGGCAGAUGAAGGAACAAAACUUGGGGUUCCCACUUCUUUCCUGAGACUAUUGAAAAACUACUAUAGAAAAAAGGGACCCACUUCCUUUUCGUCCAGCCACCUUUUACAAAGGCAGCCAAUCUUUGAAACAAAAAUUGUAGCCAUCUGCAGGAAUGGGUCUGAGGCUUUGUAUUUUUCUGUAUAUUGCAUUUCAUACUGGCUUGAGGAGACUAAUAUCAGACAGCCCUUUCCUUAUUGCAUUGCCUUCCUUCUUCUCAUAGACCUCUCAAUAAUUUUAGACAUUUAACAUUAACAUUUGGACAUUAUCCUAGCCUCCACAUCAGUGUACAAAAAAGUACACUGGUACUAGAUAGUACAAAAAGUUAGAUAUUACGUGGCAUCACUGUAAGGUGCUGAACUCUUUACUGGCACUGGCCCUCAACCUAUUGAGCUCAAUGAAAUCACUUCAGAUUUGUGUCCGUGUAAAGAAAAUAUAAGUUUGACAGUGGCCAAACUUGUCUAGAUUUUAGUUACUUGCCUCAUCAGGGAAUGACAGAAUACAGGAUGUUCCUUCCACUUUCUCUAAAGUCAAAAAACAUUUGCAUUUUAUUAGGCCCAUUCUUGAAGCAACUUUCUAGGCUUGGUGGAGAGUAUCUUCCCGCCAUUUUUCUUUAUCAUUGCUACUCUAGCAGAUAUUCCAAUGGGAAAAAUAGCACUUUGACUGAAUAUUUCCAAGCAUGUGAGAUAAUAUACCCAAAAAUAAGAAACAGGCCAUUGUUCUCCUGCAGUUUCAUGAAUCUCAUAAAAGGAAGCCAGUGCUUCCCAUGAGCAAGAAAAUCAUUCAUCUGCUACCCAUCUGAGUGUGUACUGCACAUAUUAAAGACUUUGACUGAAUGAUAUGAAUUCUCUUUUUUUCACUAUAGUUUAGUGUUAUUCCCUCUGUUCAGAUCUCUGCAAUUGUCACUUACAGUUUUAAAUUGUGAAAAGAAAAAAAGAUACAGGUCAGUGAAGGAUAAAGGCAAGUAAAAAAAUUCAUCUAGGUGAUGAAUUGGUGUAUAUGGCUGUUUUUUGUCUCAUCUGAAUAACGACAGUACAAACACUCAAACAAUAAUCAUUAAGUAAUUCUGAUCUGCCAAACGAGAACAAAUAUACUAUGUAUAUUAUAUGUACUAAUAGGAUUAUAUGGCAGCUGCUGGUGGUAUUUGUAAUUAGAAAUCUAUAUAGAAUAUAGAUGUUUUAGAGAGACGGUGCCAAUUCUAAAAGAUGUGUGGGCUACAAGUGCUUGUAAUUAUUUUUUUUUUUAAUUUGCUAAUAACUUAUGAAAUACUGGUUUCAAACAUUCUGUGAGCGUUUGUUCCUUUUUAUGUUGUUGCUGCUUAUAUUAUUAAAACAAUAGAGAAUGUAAAGUUAUUAUUUUGAUGUGAACUGAAAAUGAUUUUUCAUAAAAUUUAACAUUUUUAUCAGCUUUGAUUUUGCUUUCUACCUGUACAAAUGUAAUUUAUUUUAGCAUUGAAAAAUACAUUUGCCUGUUUCUCGACUGUCUACAACAUGUUAUAGUUGGUGUUUAUGUAGAGUCAGGUACUUUUUGAACAGUAUUAAAAAAAAACUGUGAUAUGACCUA